GAAUGCUGAACCGGAUAUCCGCUCUUCCUUCCUAGAGCGAACCAGCGUCAGUUGCACGUGGAAAUCUAAGGGAAAAAGAGCGCAUUACAGCAAUUUUUGAGUUGUUUUCGAUAUAAACAGCUCCGUAUACAUAUUUUGAGCCCCUGAAGUGUAAAAACAAACCAGCUCGGUCGGGAUGUUUCUGCAGUAUUACCUGAAUGAAAACGGGGACAGAGUCUACACUCUGAAGAAGGUGACUCCAGAUGGGGAGCCCACCAGCUCGGCCCACCCGGCUCGAUUCUCCCCAGAUGACAAGUUCUCCCGGAACCGGGUGAUAUUGAAGAAACGCUUCAACAUACUGCUGACCCAGCAGCCCAAGCCUGUCCUGUGAGGAGGAGAGAGACAUGCCAUAAUGGAGCUAGAAGGAGAAGGGCGAGAAAACACCUGAGCCGGAUUUAAAGGACUGCUCGUACCCUCCAUUCAUGUGAUGAUGGAAUUUGUUCAUAUUUUUUAAGGGUGGCUGUUUUUAAUUUGUUCAUGCUAAAUAAAUCUUUGCGUCAUAGCUC